AUGGAUAUCAUUUGGCGCAACAAUUCUUCCGACGACGUGUACGAAGAGGCCCGUUUGGCUCGAGUAUUCACUGCUCGUCACCCCGACCAUCAUCCAACAGCUAUUGUCCGCGCAAAAUCGGAAUCUGAUGUAGUCGAGGCAGUUCGACUAGCCCAAAAUCUGAACUUGCAAGUCAAUGUUCGUUCUGGCGGUCACUCGUACCCGGGAUGGAGUCUAAGCGAUAAUUCUAUUCUCAUCGAUGUUGGUGACUACCGUGAAAUCAAAGUUGAUGUGGCAAAGAAAGAAGCGUGGAUCUCCUCCGGAAUGAAAAGUGACAUAGACAUGGAGUUGAUGAAAGAGUAUGGGUUGAUCCUUGGUGCGGGCCACCACCCAGGUGUUGGGAUCGGCGGCUACUUGCUUCAAGGAGGACUUUCCUGGAAUUGCAGGGGUUGGGGCUGGACUUGUGAGCGAGUCAAGGCUCUUGAUGUUGUUACAGCGGAUGGAAGGCUUGUUCGUUGUUCUUCUGAUGAACACAGUGACUUAUUCUGGGCUGCACGGGGGCUGGACCUUGUGGAUUUCCCAGGAGUUGUUACCCAAUUCCAAGUUCAGCUCCUCCCGGCACCAAAAGCCUUCAUAACUUCUGGAUACACAUUCCCCAAAGCUCAGAUUCUGGACGCUUUUAACUGGGUCCUUGGUCUCAUACCAGCAUUUGACGAAGACACAGAAAUUUCUGCUGUCUGCAAAUUUCCUGAUGGUAUUGAUGAAAUCUGUUUGACAGUGUCCUUCAUCACAAUGAAGGACAGCGCUGAAGCAGCUUGGAACGUCUUGCAGCCAGCGCACCUCACUCGACCCAAAGGUGCAAUUCUGGAAUGGUUCUUCCGUGAAGACAGCUUUGAAAAGGAAUACGCAAAUGAAGUUAGCGCUUUCCCAGGAGGCCGUCGCUGGCUCGCGGACAAUGCUUUUCUCAACAAUGAGGCAGAUGUGGCUGCUUUCCUCGAGGAACUCUGUAUGUCAAUAACAGACAAACAUUUCGCUCUACUUUGGUAUCCGUUAGCCCCUCAAAGUCUUCGUCCUCUACCGGAUAUGGCCUUCAGCUUAAGAUCUGAUCACUACAUCGGCACAUACGCGUUAUACGAGAGCGAAGACGAUGAUGAGAAAUGCCAAUCGUGGAUGCAGGCGACAGCGGCGAAGUUGGAGCCAUUCCGCACGGGUUCCUUUAGUGGAGAGACCGACUUUCGGGUUCGAGAAGUCAAAUGUUGGGGCGAUGACCAAUUUGCAAAGUUGACUGAAAUUCGACAAAGAUGGGACCCUGAUGGGCGCAUCUGCGGGCCGCUACAGUAG